CCGCACAAACCCCUUGUCCGCACACGAGCUAGGGUUUCCGCCGCCGCCACCCUCCCCAUCCAGAUCCUUCUCCUCCACCUCCGGCGCCGCCGCCGCCUCCCCUCCUCGCUUUCGACCAUGAGGCCGAUCCUGAUGAAGGGCCACGAGCGCCCGCUCACGUUCCUCCGCUACAACCGCGACGGCGACCUCCUCUUCUCCUGCGCCAAGGACCACACCCCGACCGUCUGGUACGCCGACAACGGCGACCGCCUCGGCACCUACCGCGGACACAACGGCGCCGUCUGGUCAUGCGACGUCUCCCGCGACUCCGGCCUCCUCAUCACGGGCUCCGCCGACCAGACCGCCAAGCUCUGGGAGGUGCGGACCGGUCGGGAGCUCUUCAGCUUCCGGUUUGACGCGCCCGCGAGGUCUGUCGAGUUCGCCAUCGGGGACGCGCUCGCCGUUGUCACCACCGACAGCUUCAUGGACCACGUGCCCACCGUGCAGAUCAAGCGCAUCGCCGAGGACAUCGAGGACCAGACGGAGGAGUCGGCGCUCGUCAUCACCGGCAUCAAGGGGAGGAUCAACAGGGCCGUUUGGGGGCCUCUGAACAGUACCAUCAUCACCGCCGGCGAGGACGCCACCAUUCGCAUCUGGGAUUCGGAGACCGGAAAACUGCUGAAAGAGUCAGAUAAGGAAUCUGGACAUCAGAAGACAAUUUCAUCACUGUCAAAAUCCUCAGAUUGGUCUCAUUUCAUUACAGGCUCCUUGGAUAAAUCUGCCAAGCUAUGGGAUUCAAGAACGCUUACCCUGAUCAAGACAUAUGUCACGGAGCGACCUGUUAAUGCUGUUGACAUCUCUCCUGCUCAUGACACUGUGGUUCUAGGAGGUGGUCAGGAUGCGAUGAAUGUGACUAUGACGGACCGCCGUGCUGGUAAAUUUGAGGCUAAAUUCUAUCACAAGAUUUUGCAAGGGGAAAUUGGUGGCGUUAAAGGACACUUUGGACCAAUUAAUGCAUUGGCAUUUAAUCCCGAUGGGCGGAGCUUUUCGAGUGGUGGCGAAGAUGGAUAUGUAAGGCUGCACCAUUUUGAUUCCGACUACUUCAACAUCAAGAUUUAGAUAAAGGACAUUACAAACUAAUCCGAGGGUCGCAUUUGAGAGACCCAACAGCCAUAAGAGGUUUUUUUGGGUUCAGUUGUUGCUGGUUGGUCGUGACGCUUGCUUGGAGAGUUGGCUCAGAUCUUUAGCUGCUGCUGGUGUUUUGCUUGUUAGACGUUUUUGUUGCACUGAACAACCAGCUCUUCCUAGAUGCUUGAGAUAUUUGUACACUUGGCAAUGAAAAGAUCCUUGGAUUGCAAUCUUAGUUUUUCUCA